GGCCGCGCGCGGGGCGGGAGCGCGGCCCGGGGCCCCCGCGCGCGCCCGGCCAGGACCGCCGUGAGGGCGGCGGCGCUCCCGGCUAGGGGUGGCGGGGCCGGGGCGGCGCGGAGCCCCCUCAGCGCCUCGUCGUCGCCCCAUCAUCACCCCCUCACCGCCCCGUCACCGCCCGACCCCGCUGCACCCCGCGGGCGAUGGCGGCCGAGGCGCGGACGGGCUGGCUGGGGUCACGCUGUAACCCGCCCCCGGGAAUUCUGUGUGGCCGCAGGGUGCCCUGGAAGCGAUACACGGGGGAGGCGACAGCAGGAAAGGGCCUCCUCUGGGAAUCGUCCGUGUUCCCUCAGAAAAUGGACGAUGAUGAUGACAUUCCCCAGCUUUCAUCCCAUGCAUUGGCUGCCCUCCAGGAAUUCUAUUUGGAACAGCAGCAGAGAGAGGGCAUGAAGACCUCCCAAGGGUUUAAUCAAUAUUCCAUUGGCUCAAUAGAAGAAGAUUGGCAACUGAGCCAGUUUUGGUACAGCGAUGAAACUGCAUCAUGCCUGGCUAAGGAAGCAGUUCUGGCAGCUGGAAAAGGUGGCAGGAUAGCAUGCAUUAGUGCACCGAGCGUGUACCAGAAACUGAAAGAACAGGAUGAUGAGGAUUUUUCCGUGUGUAUACUGGAGUAUGACAGAAGGUUUUCUGUGUAUGGAGAGGAGUUUGUCUUCUAUGAUUACAACCACCCUUUGGACUUACCUGAAAAUCUCCUGCCACACAGUUUUGACAUCGUAAUAGCAGAUCCACCCUAUCUGUCUGAGGAAUGUCUUCAAAAGACUGCAGAGACCAUCAAAUACCUAACAAAAGGAAAGAUUCUGCUUUGCACAGGUGCAGUCAUGGAGGAACAGGCAGCAAAGCAUCUUGGUGUGAAGAUGUGCAAGUUUAUUCCAAGACACUCACGAAAUUUAGCCAAUGAGUUUCGAUGCUAUGUGAACUAUGCUUCUGGACUGGACUGAUUCUCCUAAGAUCACCUACAAAUCUACAACUUUUUCAGUCAGCUUCUUUCUGUUUACUGUCAGUUACGCCACAUUUCUCAGGGCUGAAAUAGUUGUCUCUGAGUACUGUUUUCUGGGAUAGUUGGAAUCAACACGGUGUGAUAGCCUCUCUUUUUUAAAUGAGUAGGCGUUUGCAGUUAGUCUGUUUUGUAUUAGGUAAAUGCAGACCAAGCAGGUGCUGGAUAAUGGGAACUUCUUUGUUAGAGUUUCAUUUUAACUGGUGGCUUUUACCAUUUGAGGACACAUCAGUGACCUCUUUGAAGUGAUUUAGCUUAUAACAACACAUAGGUGUUUGCCUUGCAGGCAUCAGAAUCGUCAUUGGCAAAGAACGUGAUACUUCUGUAGUAAUGUGACCCACAUAUGUCCCUUAAAUCUUGAAUCAUAAUAGCUCUGAUUGAAUACAAUGAGUACUUUUUAAUAAUUUCAAUAUCAAACUAAAGAGGAUCUACAGGUAUGUCAAGUUACAAGAAUGGUUACGAUUUUUUCUCCAGUUGCCUGGUUUUCCCUUUUUCUCCUGUCCCACAGACAGCAGCAGAGCAGUAUAUAGAAGCAUCUUAAAAAUCAUUGACUCUUACAAGGCCACUGAGGAAUAACAUAUUGAUAAACUCACAGUGUUUCAAAUAGAAAAAGGCUAGAUUUUAUAUUCACGGUUUGGACUAUAUUUCAGUCAAAAUACAUUGGAAAAGCUUUGCUUUGUAUAAGUAAAGAUUUUUGAUAAAUGGGAAUUUUAAAGCCAGUUUUGAUUAACCUUUUGGCUACACUACUGAAGUGUUUUUGGGUGGAAGUUAGUUCAUAAAUUUCAAGGCACUCAACACUUUUAUAAUCUCUAAAAACACUCUACCAAACACAAACACUUGUCUUUGUAUGUCAUACUGUGUAAAGGUUAAUAGAAGUGCUGCAUCUACAAAAUGAAGUGUAUAAAAUCAAGUACUAAAUUUAUUUUGUGGUGGGAAUAAGCCUAAUUAAGCUUGUGAGAUGAGACUUUUUAUAAGGCAGUGAUAAUAUUCAUGUUUCUGCUGUUUGGAUGCCGAUUUUCCCAUCUGCUGGAGUAAACAGCUGAGCAGCAAUAAUAUAGAUGAAUGCUAAUCCUCUCUCAGUGCUCAGAGAAUAGUGUUGUCUGAGCUGAACACAACAGUGGUUCAUAAAUACCCACCCAAGCCACUCCAGCUCUCCUCCCCAUUUUCCAAGAGAUCUGUUUGCUCCUAAGGCUUUUCCUUCCUCACAUUUUAUACCUGCUGCUUCCUCCCUGCAUGUAGUGUUCCUGGGUUCCAUGGUAACAGUUUUCUUCCUCUCUCACACGCCUUGGUUUCUGUCAGGCUGGUCACAAGUGUUGUUAAAACAAGGGAAGUGCAGCAGAGGAAGCGCUUGCAGGGAGAACAGGCACCGGCCUCUCCUUUCUGCUGUGUGAGCCCAGGGCCCAUACAGUCUUGCCUUUCAAACCAGAUGCCAUCCUUGCUGCUGAGCCAGAAUUCCCCUGAAAAUGAAUGUCCACAGGUGAAAUACACCUGGUUUUAGUUGUUUUCUGGGAGGCUACAUCAUCACUUUCAUGUGGCCAGUUUGAAAAUAAAGCAAACCAGAAUGGGAACUGCAUAGCUCUUGGCACUAACCUGUACUUUAAACUGGUUUAUUACCUCAGUGUCUCGCACACCAAGCAGACGGAGACAAUGAAGUAACUCAUGAAACUUUGUUUUUAACUGCAUAGAGGCUUCAAAUGGGACAGACAUGAUUGCCAGAAUGGAUGAUACUGUUCCCCUGCCACCCACCUAAAUUAGAAAGUGCUGUUCAAAUCAAAGCCUCACCUAUUUUGCUGCUUUGUUCGCUUCACAUUGGUAAAUGUGUAUUAUUGGGCUCUCCAUAGCAGAGUUAAAAGUCAACUUCACUAACUUCAUCAGAGAGAUUUCUUAAAAAGAUAAAAGUGCACCAUUCAGUUGUACCAAGAAGUUCACUUCCAAGAAAAUCACUGCUGCUUCUCACAUGUAGGUCAGACUGCUUUGAAAAGGGGCACUGUGAAGAUGCAUAGUUACAGAACGGAGGGUGCAUGAAAAUCUGUGCAGAUGCACUCAACAGGGCAGCCCGUUGUCCACCAGCUUGCCUCUUAAAAGCCUGGGGAAUGCAGGCAGCUGCCCAAGCAGAGCUUGACUAGUGGCAUUUACAGCCUUCAUCAGUGAUGGGAGGUAAACUAUUUUUGUCUUACUUGAUUCCAAGGAAGUAGCUGUUUCUGAGAAGGGUACAAGUCACAAAAAUCCAUAGUGAAUUUGUGUUUUGUGCCAGUGUGGUAACUUUAAAAAAUAGUAUGUGACAGCAAAACCCUCUUUUCUUCUGUAAUGGGACUGUGAAUAAAAAUGUUAGUGUCAAGUCGUGACUGACU